GCUCAUUAACAUUCCGUUCACACGUUGUCCCGCAACCUCGCGGGAGGGGAGCGCUGUGACAGAGACGGAGGGACAGAGACGGAGGGACAGCGCGCGGUCCUCAGCGCUCACUCCUGCUGCCUGCUGUCGCGCGCCGCGCGCCGCGCUCGCUCACCGGCCGCUCACGAGCUCCGCGGAGGACCCCCCGCUGAAGUCUCCCUCCCACCUCCCACUCAGAGUGGGUACAAAGCGGUGAGUCAGGACACUGCGGCAGCUCCGUUUGCACGGGAACCGCGUGGCGCACCCCGGAGGCUGGGAGAAGACCCCCCGCACACGGCCCUCCUUCGCCGCUCCGACGUCGAGGCACCGGGUCCGGACGUCCCGACUCGCCGGAAGCCCACGCCAUGCCGCCGAAGGAAGGAAUGUGCCGCACGUGCUGCCGAGGUGUCUAUAGCUGCCACUGGAGCCGGCGGAACGACGGCAGGCGGAGAUGUACGUGCUGCUGGUUCUCCGCUGUCGCCAUGGUGUCCCUGCUGGCCGCCAGCUGGUUGUACGUCUGCAUGAUGGCCUUCAACGACCGCGACGACUUCAACUGGAAGGCCUUCGAAAGCCUGAAGCGAUGGGUCAACUGGUUCAUGGUGAUGGUUGCUGUGUAUGCAGCAAUAGCCAUCUACUGCUGCCUGCUGCUGCUCUUCGCACUGUUCCAAGAGGCCAUGAGGGACCCUGUGGACCCCCACUGCGUUCAUAAGGUGUUCCUGUCUUUAGCCGUCCUGCUCAUCACUGCUGGAAUUGUAGGGAUGAGCUGCCGGUGGGCGGAUGAGUGGCACACCGUCUAUCUCUCGCUGCUGGCCACGGGUCCCUUCCUGCAGCUGGGCGGAGUGGUGGCGCUCACCGUGCUCUGCGGCUUCGUCUUCCAGCGGUUCUUCAAGGCCAAGAGGGCAGUUUCCAAGACGAUCAUCAUGGCGACCUUCGUGGUGCUGACAGCCGCAGUCUUCCUCUCCCCGCUCUUCAUCAAGUCUCCGUGUCUGCUGGAGGUGCUCCCUGCCAAACCAGCACUCAUUGGCCAUCGGGGGGCGCCAAUGCUUGCUCCAGAGAACACCAUGAUGUCGUUCAGGAGAAGCGCAGACUGUGGUGUGGAUACCUUUGAGACAGAUGUGCUGAUCAGUAAGGAUGGGACUCCCUUCCUCAUGCACGACACGACCCUGCAGAGAACGACGGACGUGUCGGAGAAGUUUCCGGAUCGGGCCAAUCACACGAGCACCAGCUUCACCUGGAUGGAGCUACAGAGCCUGAAUGCAGGCAGGUGGUUCCUGAAGAGCAAUCCUUUCCGAACGCUUUCGCUCCUUUCCGAGCGAGAGCGAGCGGCUGCGGGGAACCAGAGCAUCCCGUCACUCGCCGAGUUGCUGGAGCUGGCCAAGGAGCGCAACGCGUCCCUCAUCUUCGACAUGAAGGACGGAGACAGCGCAGGCGAUGACACUCGGCUUGUGGUGGAUACCAUCCUCAAGUCUGGUAUCCGUCGCGAACUGGUGCUGUGGCUGCCCCCCAAACACAGAGCGCAUGCGCAAACUCGGGGUUUCCGGCAAAUCUACAGCAACGUGUCCGCAAUGCUCAGCGAUGGAGGGAACCUGCUGAACCUCAAAUACAACAGUGUCUCCACUGAGGAAUUGAGGGAGCUGAAGAGGAAGAACGUGACGGUGAACAUGUGGGUGGUCAAUGAUCGCUGGCUCUUCUCCCUGCUGUGGUGCGCCGGAGUGGAUUCCGUCACCACCAACGCCUGCCAUGACUUACAGAAAAUGGACCGACCCGACUGGCACCUGACUCCUUCCACAUACCGAAUCAUAUGGAUCAGCGUGGACGUGGCCUCCCUUGUGAUCAUGCUCAUUGUGUUUUACAUGCAAAGGAGGACGCGAGAGAGGAUCUUCUGCCCUAGAGACAGAGGAACACCCCUUCUUGAGCUCUAAAUGAUAUUCGUCCAGAAGAACCUCCUCCCCAGACCCCGCCGGAGCUCCCGUGGAGGCGAAAGCUUGAACUUAAUCACCUAGAACCCGUGCCCACCACUUUGUAGAUGAAUGUACUUCCAACGGACGCCUCUGGACGGUGACCUCUGUCCUUGGCCUGGUGGAGGAGAUCAGUGAAGCUCUGAUCAGCUUGGCUCCGUUACCUCCAGCAGCACAUCCAGCACUCGAUGGACUUUCAGCAUGGACUUCCCUAAAGAUAUGGACAUCUCCCAUCCCCCUAGGAAGCUACUUGAAACACUAAACUCACCUCCUAACAGAGAAUAAUUUUUCAUACGUAAUUUUGGAGAGCACUGAAACUAAUUUUUAGAAGGAAGAAAUCUCAUAAAUCUGAUUUUUAGAUUUCUGCUUUUAUUUUUUUACAGCUGCGCUUUGUCGUCUUCCAUAAAUCUAUAAUGACAUUGUCUACGUGAGAUACAGCUUCUGACGUCAUGAACUGGGGAAAUGUUAGACUUUGUAUCGGGGUGAAUAUCACUCAGAAACUGCAGCAUUUUUAGGCAUCUCAGCAGAAUUCUAGUGCUGCCAGUGUAUGUAGUUUACGGUGGUGGAACGAAUGAGGUGAGGGUUAUGGGGCUCUGCUCUCAUUUAUAAGAUCCACGUCGAAAUAAUGUCCUCAACGUCCGGCUCAGGUUUAUCCGCAUUUGUUCACGACUCCUCCUCCAGUCCGGGUGUCGAGCCCAGGUAUCCGGAUCUGCGUUCACACCGUGGUUUCAGAGUCCAUCUCCUCCAUCGAUCGAAAAGAGGAGUUGUAUCUCGACCAUCACCACACCGUUUGCUCCCUUCAGGUCCCGUCUCUCACGUGAUCUCCGGAAAAUGACUCCCUCUGUGGUCCCUCUUUCAGGAAGUGUCUACAGAACUCCUGUUUGUUUCACUUUUAUUGAGUCGUAACUUAAUCAGGUGACAUCUGUUCCUCAACGGUCACGCUCAGGUCGAAAAGGAGUUGGCUGCUCCUCCCUUUGCUUACAGUUGCCAUCUGGUCCUGACCGGCCGGUUCCUCACUGUGAUCCUGUGACGUUGCAUUUGUUGCGUCUUCUGUUUUUUUUUGGGAAGUAAGUAAGCAAAGGUCUGCAGAAAUGAGUUGCAGACUGGCUCUGUCAUAUUCCAGGUGUUUCAAUCCAAUGUCAACACAGCGGAAGAACGUGUCAAAAAAUGAUCGCACGAAUAAUGUUGCCUUUAUUUUUUUAAUUCCUUUAUCUGCAAGAGCUGAGCUCUUUCAGUUUAAGUCCUACCACAACAAGGGUAUAGAAGGUGAAUGCAGUAGUUCAGCUGGUAAUUAGUCAUUUCUGAUUGUAAAAUAAUGUACUUUCCCAGCAGGUGCUAUUAUCCCCUGGCUUCCCUUCCAAGGAGGGAUGCAGAGGGCUCUGUGGUUGGAGGGAUUUUUAGCUGAAAUAUCUCUUUUGUCCACAAUGUGGCAGACAGAACUUGGAGCCCAGGGGUAACACUGGUGUAUUUGCUGGAAACGCACCGUAUAAUUCAGUGCCCUAGAAAAAAGUUUUCACACCCUUGAAGUCUUGUUAUUUGCCUGAAUCACAAAUGGGACAUUGAAAUUUUCUUCUUUUUUUUUUUUUGGAG